AUGGGCCGCAGAAUGGGGAGGCGGCUGGGUGACAUCAUUGCCCUCCUAGCUCUCGCCUUCAUCCUCCUCUUUCCUGUCCUGGUCUCCUCGGUGCCCACGUCGAGAAGCCUGCACUUGAGUAGUCAACAGCAACACCCGUCGUCUUUGAACCUCUCUGCAGAUGAGACGGUGGCAGUGGCGCGAGGCUUCACUGGGAGGCAGGCGGCGAGGAUGGACGUGGAGGUGAACGACUAUCCAAGUCCAGGCGCCAACCGCCGCCAUAACCCUCCGAGAGGUCCAGGAAGAGCAUGA